AUGAAUGACAAUCUUGAUUUUUCAUUUGAUUUGUUUGAAUUCUAAGGAUUUCUAGGUUAAGGAUCAUUUGGAACUGUAUUAAAAGCAUUAAAUAAAGAGACACAACAAUUAGUGGCAGUCAAAGUAAUUGUGAAUGUCCUAACUUAUUCUAGGUUAUAAAGAAGAAAUCUUUAUUGCAAUUAGAAUAACUAUUAUAAGAGGCUCAAAUUUUAUAAGAGUUAUCACAUCCUAACAUUGUGAAGUUUUUUGGAGUACAUGAGACUGAAUCUAGGAUACUUAUUGAAAUGGAACUAAUAUAGGGAGGUAUAUUGAAUGAAUUUAUUAAUAGGAUCUUUAAGUUCCAUUUAAAAGUGUUCUGAAGAAUAGAUUAAAUACAUAAUGUAUUAAAUAUUCAAUGCUUUAUAAUAUAUGCAUAACAAUAAUAUUGCUCAUAGAGACCUUAAGCCAGAAAAUAUAUUAGUCACUCAUGAUUUGAGUCUUCUUAAAGUAACUGAUUUUGGAUUAAGUACAGGAUAUGCAUCUUUAAUGACUAAAUAAUGUGGAACUCUCAUAUAUAUGGCACCUGAAUAAUUAAAUAAUAAGAUAUACAAUAAAGCCAUUGAUAUAUGGGCAGCUGGUGUGAUUAUGUAUCAACUUAUUGUUGGAUAACAUCCAUAUUAUCAGAAAGGUUGUGAUUUAACUUAAUCAUAAUUAUAAAUGCAUGAAUAAUGCAAAUCGUAUCUUAAUGAGUAAUAUUGACAUAAUUAAUCUAGAGUAUGUAAUAUAGUCUAUUUCGAAGAUUAACAGAAAUAAAUCCAACUAAAAGAUAUAGUGCUACAUAAGCAUUAUUACAUCCAUGGUUUAAUUGUGGAAAUGAUGAACCAUUAACAAUGGAGGAAGAAUUUAAUAAAUGGAAAUUAUCAUAAAAAUUACAUAAAUUAAUUCUAGCUUUAAUGAUUUUAAAUAAGAUAGGAUAUAAAAAAUAUUUAAUCAAUAAAGAAUUUUAUGAUUAAAUGUCAAAGAAGAUUAAUUAAAUAAAAAAGUAAGAUUUUUUAUUAGGAAAUUAUGAUUAAUUAUUUGCAGAUUAUUAAAAAUCUUUAACUGAAGAUUAGAAAAGUAAAAUCUCUUGUGCUUCUAAUAAAAUGGAUUAAAAUACUCGAAUUGAUUAACAUACUACUAUAGAUUCAACAAAAUAAUCACAUUCAACUAUUCUUUAAUCUUCUAAAUUAUUAUUACCUUUUUCCUCUAAAUAACCAAUUAGAGUAGUUAAUUUGAAUUUAUAAAAUUAAACACCUAUUGUAAUUGAAGAUAUAGAAUAAGAAUAAAUGAUGAGAUUAUCUGUUCAUAGAAAUAAAGAUAAAUAAGAAAAACCUAUAAUUAGAUAAUAAUUAAUGAUGUAAUCAACUAAACUAAAUUAACCUACAGAAGAUAAUCUAUAAUUAAUUUAAGAUAUUAAAAUAACACAUUAAUAAAAUAGUGAAAAAUAAUUUGAAUAAUCAAUUACUCCAAGUCCAACUAAAUCUCCAUAAACUUUAAAAAAAAGAAGAGUUAAAAAAUCAUAAUUAAAAUAGUAUUUGAAUGAUGAUAUUAUGUAAACCAAUUAUUAAUAGAUGUAAAAUGUAAUCUAAGUAACAUAAUAAGAGUAUAAUAAUAAUAAUAUUAGAUAAUAAUCUCCAUUAACUAAAAAUACAUUUAAAAUAUAAUUAAAACCUUUAAAUCAUCUUCCUAUGAUGACUAAUUCUUAACAUAAUAAUCCAAAUCCCUCAUUACGUCCUCGAAAUUAAAAGUUAUCUGUGGAUAGAGAAUUUUAUGCCCCUCCAAUUUUGGAUCUAAGCAAUUUAGCUUUAGAAUGCAUGAGUCCUAAAUAGCGUUAAACUAGAGCAAUCAGUUUAAAUAGUUAAAGAAGAGUUUAUGCUAAUGAAUUUCAACCUUAUAGAGUAUUAGGUGUUAUUGGUAGAAAUAAUCAGGAUUCUUUUAAUAUAAAAUGA